AUGGCGUCCAUCCUGAAGAGUCAAGCGGCUUUCGAAGAAAGGGCCAAGGAAUGUGGGCUGACACAAGCUGAGCUUGAUGUGCUCGUGCGUAAGGGUUUGACAUCUUUGUCGCUCCUUGCCUUCAGUGUCUCGACCCCGGGCGAAGUACCGCAGGAGGCUGAGCUCAGGUCCAUCCUUGAUCCCGCGGACCCCACGACUGUGCCGUUGCGUGCACUGUCGGCGCUGCGGCGCCUCAUGUUUGAAGCUCAAACUCUGUCCAUUGCACAGCUUAAAAGCUCGAUUGAGGGUGAAGGCGAAAAGAAAGCGGAGUUGGCCCCUGCUGAGAGGAUGAAUCGUAUAGCCGAUCAGCGGAAAAGGCUCGUGGGGCUCAGCUUGACUGGUCCUUUGGAAAACGCUUUCAGCAAUUACACUUAUGUCGCCCAGGUCGUUGAUCAGGAUUGCCUCUCCUAUUUGGAGCCCCACAGGUUCCUAACCAGGGCCAUGGAGGUGAAUCGAGAAAAGCCAGGGAAAGAGUUGAUCUUAGAUGAGGGCUCGCGCAUGAGUAUCCGCGACAAGGCCCACAAGGAUAAGUGUGGCAUUCAGAAUGAGUUGCAGCUCUCCGAAGCCCUGUGUCGCAGAGCACUUGCUUGCGACCUUCUGCAGCUUUGUACUUUUGCAUCCAUGGACUUGUGGCACAGGCAUCUGCUUGCCAAGCUAUCGGAGCAGCCGCCUCCAUACUAUGCUAAGGUUUCGAUGGAGCAGCUGCUCAGGUGCGACAAGGCGGCAUGGGUGCGCAUGAGUGAACUCUUGACUUCUCUGAAGAAGGAUGACGCGGGAAACCUGCCAAUGGAUGCUGCUCUGGACAAGCUUCAGUACGAUCCAAAAAUCAUGAUGCAUUUGGCCCCACUUCCUGGGGCUAAGUGGAAGGGCGAUGGCAAGGGCGACAAGGGCACAAAGCGUGAUGCCGAUGGCAAGCCGAAGUUGCCUCCUCACCGACCCGGUAAAGGUGCAGGUAAGGGAAAGUGCCCUGAAGCGUUAUCCGACUCCCGCUUGAAGCACAACUGUAGCAAGACUAAGAAACGCCUGUGCUGGAAUUUUAAUCUGCAGGCGGCAAACCACGAGUGCAUGAUGGCACAGAUAGAUAAGGUGGGCCCGUUGGCAUGUCCCAAGCCGGCCGCAGCAGUGCGUGAACGAAUCCCGAAUGUUGUGAUUGAUGAGCGAGUUUUUCCCUUGCCCGCUGAGCGGCGAGUGCAAGUCUCUUUGCAUCCAGCAGAGCAAUUUGCGCAAGACGUGCUGUCGUCUGGUGAACCUGUGACAGCAUCUUGCAUUGAACGCCUUUUCAGUUUGUUACCCUCUAGACUGGAUGAACGCUUUGGUUCAGAGUCUGGCAGAUCCUUUGUUGCAGGUGUUUUCCGACAUGGGGGCGUCGUUGGCCUCACAAACACCUGUCGCUCUUUUCCUCAAUCGGUCAUUUUGGCCAUCUCUUGGGCCGUGCAGCACGGCGGGUCCAAGUUGACAGAUUUCACAUUUUGCUCGAUUUCCUUGAAUCUUAACGUCAAGACUGAGGUUCACCGUGAUGUGAACAACGAUGAUGCUGACAACCUUGUGCUGGGUGUCACCGACUUUUCAGGUGGGCACAUCUGGGUUCAAUCCGAGUCGGGCAGCCAUGCUCUACCCGUCAAUGGUUCCCUGGUCCCUGGAGACUUGUAUGAUGUUGCAGCGGCCCCAGUUUCUGAUAAAGUCAAAGGAGUGCCUCUUGAUAGUCUCAUGUUCCUCGAUGUGUUCUGUGGUUCGGGGGGCCUCUGUGCUUCUUUGCGUCAGCUGGGCAUGAAGCUGAGCGUUGGUUUGGACCGUCAUGCACAACGUGGUUGCAAAUGUCCCGUUGUCUCACUGGACCUUACGAAGCCGGGAUCCCGAGCCAUUCUGCUCGACCUCCUUAGGCAGCCAAAUGUUGUUGCGUGCCAUUUGUCUCCACCUGUGACCACCAGCUGUGUCGGUUUGGCGGGCCCUCGCCCAAGUGGCCUCCGCAAUGCAGCGCAUCCUGAGGGUCUGCCAGGUCUUCAAGGUGCUGAUCUUGAUUUGGUCAAUGGGGCUAAUGCCCUUUUUGCCAUGUGCGCAGAGGUCUGGCAUUUCUGUUGGAGUCAUGGGGUAUUCUGCUCCAUUGCUCACCCCAGCCGAUCCAUCAUGUGGCUCACUGCUUCACUCCGGUCUUGCCAGUCCUCUCCCUUCAUCUCCACUUCUUUGCAUCAGUGUAUGUUCGGCUCCUACAGACGAAAGGCUACCCGCCUUCUGCACACGGUUCCCUUCCUGCAGAAACUUGGUGUGACGUGUGAUGGUGCCCACGCUCACGAGCCGUGGCGCUCCCCGGCGCAAAAUCGCGCCAAAGACGCUGGCCUCCCGCCUAUGCUGUGCAAAUCCUUUGCCCAGGCACUUGUGGAUCAACUGCUUGCAUGCGGUGCGCGCGGCCCGGCGUGCUCUCUUGCCAAUGCAUCCUUGUCGCUCUCGAUGGGCGCCCGUGUGACUACAGCUGCACAGCCUUCAGGUCGGAAGAUUCCUCCACUGGUGCCUGAGUUUUCUCGCACAGUCAAAGUGUCGGGCCCAGCCGAUCAGCUGCCGUGCACCUCGAAGACCAAGCUGCUAUCGGCCUGGACAGUCCCCAAGACUGUCUUCUGCACACCUUUUCUUUCGUCGUUGCCGGCAGGUUCCAAGUGCCUCCGAGCCAGCCCUUAUGCUCCACGGGGUAUGGCGCCUACCUCGGGGCCAGCCACCUUUGCAUCUACAUCUGAGCCAACUGCCGGUGCGGAGCCCUGCUCCUCUGCUGCAGGUAUGCCUACGAUCGCCAUGGGUGUGGGUUCAGCUAGUCCCGACUCCCCUAACACCUUGUGCCGACCGGCACCUGCCCUGCCUGAGGCUGCUGAGGGUGUAAUGUUAGGUAGUCCUGAUCCCCUGGUUCCGCGGUGCCAGCCGGUCCCUGCCCUACCCCUGCCUGCAGCCAGUGCAGCCAGUGCGACUCCCAAUGUCAAGUCGGGGCUUGAAUUGCUCUUUGGCAUACCGUGGUCACCUUCGGAGUUUGUGGAGCAGGCAUGCAAUGCGAAGCACCCGCGCUCCUUAGAUCAAGGUGUGCCAACUGGCAUGUCGGCAUGUAUUGAUCAUUUGUGCGAGCACAGCUCGGUCAGUGUGGCUAGAGAACGCACGGCUGAACUUCGCAAAUGGAUGCUUAGGAAGAAAGAGCUUGACGAGAGCUUUGACGGACCCGAACAUUGCAAGAAGAUCCUAGCUGGGAAACCUUUGAAACUCUUCGGGGAGAUGGUCAAAGCUGCUGGGCAUGCCGAUGCAAACCUGGUACGAGAUAUACAGAACGGCUUCGACCUGCUUGGGGAAAUCCCUUCCUCGUCUGUCUUGCCGAAGAAAACCACCGUGGCAUCCCUCAGCAUCGAGGACGUAAGAAUCGCCACCCCGGCGAAUCAGCGUGCGAUCUGGGAAGCUACCCGCACCUGCAGGGAUCCUGAAAUUGCUUCGGAAGUGUAUCGCCUUACCUUGGAGGAGCGGGACAAAGGGUGGCUCACUGGACCCUUCUCUCUCGCCGAUGUGCCGGAGACUGCCAUUGUUACGCGCCGCUUUGGCGUCAGGCAAGGUGUGACGACGACGGCCACCGGUGUGGCGGCAAAGAUCCGUCCGAUCGAUGACUUCACGGAAAGCUUAGCCAACUUGACGUGCACCUGUGCGGAAACAAUUGACCCGCAUUCAGUGAACGUCAUUGUGGCCGGGAUCCUGAGGCGGUGCCGGCUGCUACGAAAAUCAGGAAAGGACGCCCGCUUGCUUCUUCGUACGAUAGACCUGCGUAAAGCCUAUAAGCAACUUCCUUUAUCGGAGCGGGCUUUGGGGGAUGCUUAUAUCUGUGUGCUUAACCCGAAUACGGGCGAACCUGAACUUUACCAAAGCCAGGUGCUACCCUUUGGCGCUAAGCCAUCAGUACAAGGAUUCUGUCGUUCUUCGGGGGCAAUUUGGAGUGUGGGGCAGGCCCUGCUCCACAUCCACUGGAGCGUGUUUUUCGACGAUUUUGUAGCAGUGUCCUCUCCGGAGGAAAAGGGCCAUCUUGAUCUUGUGUUGCGGUCGUACUUUGCCUUGAUCGGCUGGGAAACGUCCGACGAAAAAGACGCGGGGUUCAAAAGUGUGGCAAAAGCCUUAGGAGUAGAGUUUAGUUUGGACGAGAUCCACCUAGGUCUACUUAGGGUUCAAAACACAGAGGCUAGGAAGCGUGAGCUCGUGUCCACGAUCGAGUCCAUCGUGCAGCAAGGUGGAGUGCAUGCCAAAGAGCUUGAGUGCUUGCGUGGCCGUCUUCAGUUCGCUGAGUCGCAGGUGUUUGGUCGGGGUGCGGCCCAGCGCAUGCGAGCUAUAUCAAAAGCAAUGAAGCUCUCGGGCUUUGUGGUCCUCGAUGAUUCCUUGACCGAGGCCCUGCUCUUCUUGAAAGAUCGAGUUUUGCACGGGGAAGCAAGGAUGAUCAGGGCUUGCGAUCGUUCCACCUACCACUUGUUCACAGACGCUUCCUACGAAGCAGAUGCGCCAGCCGGCCUAGGAGGCAUUCUUUAUAGCGAUAGGGGUUUGCUCCUUAGGUGGUACUCCGAGUCUGCCGACCCAGACGUUCUGGAGGCCAUAAACAAAGAGGGCAAACAAGGUCUGAUCUAUGAGUUGGAAGCUUGUGCGGCGGUGCAAGGUGUGGUGCAACUUUGCAACUCUUUGAGUGACUGCAAUCUCAUUUGCUAUUGUGACAAUGAGGCCGCCCUCGCGGCCCUCAUCAAGUGUGCUUCCGAUUCACCGGUGGUAGCAUCGCAGCUCAACAAGCUCAGCAUGCUUGAGGAUGAGAAAGGAAUCAGCAUAUGGUUUGAAAGAGUGGAGUCAUCUGCAAACCCUGCUGAUGAUCCUUCGCGAUUUGUGUUUGGCAAGCUUCCUACCAACUUCAGAGUCCGUUGGGCCCCAGGCGAAGAGCUGUUGUUCUAG